GUGACAUCAAGGGCUCGGGGAAAUGCGAUAUCUGUGUACUUAGGCAGAAAGAGCUGACAGCUUAUUAAAAGAUAGAAACUUGUGCUGGAUGUCAGUCAUGGCAAUGUGAGUGCCUGCAGAGCACACCCUCCUCACGUCAGCCUGUCUGGGCUGAUCCAUAGACUUGCCCAUUAAGAAACUCUUUACUUCUCAGCUUCGCAUUAGGGUUGCACUUAAGUCCUCCAGCUGCUCUCUCGUCUUCAGCUCUGCCGCAGCUUCUCCUCAGCUUGUUCAAACCUGAAUGUCUUCUGUGUAACUUUACAGGAUGGAAGAAGCCGAGCUGCUGAAGGAAAGGCUCCUGGCCAUAACUGAUAAGAGAAAGCUACAAGAAGAAAUUGCUCAAAGACGCCUUAAAAUUGAAGAGGAGAAAUUAAAACUGCACCAUUUACAGAAAAAAGCUUUGCGAGAGAAAUGGCUGUUGGAUGGACUGAAUACGAUGACUGCAACGGAACAAGAGGAGAUAGUAAAACAGAACCAAGAGGACCAAAAACAGAUCCGACUUCUGGCACAUAACAUUGGAAGGCAUGAACAAGAAAUUGAGGAUCUGGAGAAGCAGGAGACUCAACUGUCUGCCAAAGAAGUGCGUGUCCUACAGAGGCUGAAGUCUGUGGAGCGAACGACAGAAGAUAUUAUAAAGGCUGUGAAAGCUGAAGCACGAGAUGAACCAGUAAAGGAUAUUUAUGCCGGCAUCCCUGAUUUACCGCCAUCAUAUAAACCCUCAUUUGUGAGAAGAUUGCAGAGUGCGCAAACUGCGAAUGGGGAGGAGGCACGGAAAGCUUUAUUUGCCAUGGAAAUCAAGGUCGAGAAAGAUUUGAAGACUGGUAAAAACACGGUAAUAUCCUCGAUCCCAGUGCCAUCAAAUGAAAUUAAAGACGAAGGUGUUAAAGUCUAUGAUGAUGGCAGAAAGUCUGUACAUGCAUUAAGUUCUCAAGGAAAGAUGGUAAAAAAUGGAAUAGACAGUCUUGCCCCCGUAGAAGUGGAGGACCUUCUGAGGAAAGCUACAGAAAAAAGUACACAGUCUCCCACAGAGUAUCACGAGCCCGUAUUUUCGAAUCCAUUUCACACUGCUGCAACCCAAAAAGGCCAAGUCUCCCCCAGUUUGAAUGGCCAUAGCUCACCAGUGAUCAUGGAACAUCAAAAUGGUCAUAAUUCAAGAGUUACAGAAGAAAUAACCAUAACUAAACCAUCCAUUCCAGAAGAUCUGAUCUCUUCACAGCCAAGAGUCCUCGUGCAGAAUGGACAAGCCGCUAACGUGGAAUUCCAGACUAAGGAGGCCCAGUAUGAAGCAACCUUUAGUAACUCUGGAGAUGACAUCGUAGAGUAUCCACCUACUAAACUGGAGGAUGACACGCAUUACAACAUUGUCCACGCUACACCUUGUUAUGUAGAUGACAACGAACCAGUCACUAUGAUUUUCAUGGGAUACAAACACGCCGAUGAAGAAUACGACAGCAAAAAGCUCACCGACUAUGAAGGGGUCAUCCGGGCAGAGUUGGUUGUUAUUGAUGACGAUGAGGAAAAUAAGAAGGAAGAAGAAAAAAUGGAAAAAGAAUUAAUCAAUGUUCCUGAAACUCAACCACUUCAUGUUUCUAAUUCUUCCAUCGCCACCAAUACGAUACAAAAAGUACCAACACACAACAUCGCAUUGCACAGUCCUCAGCCAUACAAGAACUCAAUAUCCUUGCGAGAACAAGAAGCAACCCUGGGGCCCCAUAACUAUCUCCCUGUCUCCAAACAGAGCAUAGAUGACGGUACUGAGGACCCGUCUCUAACAGCAUUGAGAAUUAGAAUGGCCAAGCUGGGGAAAAAAGUGAUAUAAGAUUCACGCUCACCACAUAUGGCGUUUUCUUUUUUUUUCUUUUUUUUUUUUAAUCUAUGGAUGAAGAACUCCAGAAGACUUGUGUAUACAUUUUUAAUGGACAAUUUUUAUGGCAGGCGACCAACAGCACGCUCCAGCAAUGCAAUCUGGGACUACACCUUCAACAGUAGCUGGAGAGCCACCAGUGCCUGCCUCCUGCCGUAUUGCUUUUGUAACUGACGCUAUGCAAGUUUAUGUCUUUUGAUAUAGAAAAUUUAGCAAUGUGCGGUUGAGUUUAGUUUUUUUUAUUAUUGUUUUUUUUUUUUAUUGCAUUUUUUCAGUAGUUAUGUCAUUGUAGGCAGCUUCAGACGAAAUCUGACUUGGCUCCCCGUGUAUCUACAGGCUUGAGUUUUAUGUUAAUAGAUAAUUACGGUAUACCAAUCAUUGAGUUAGUUGCGUAAUUGGCGAGACGCCUGCUCGUUGCUGGAGGAGAGGUUUCAUUCUUCCGUACGUGUGGCUGAUUGUGUCAGAUAUAAAAUGUUUUCUCUGUACUGCAAGGUUACGUAAUGCCGAUCGAGGGCUUCUUUACAUUUGUAUCUUCCAGUUCUGCUUUGAGCAGACAGGGGCAGUAAAAUAUUUUUGUAUUACACAGCCCGAUGUGGCAGACGAUUGUCGGGAGGGAAGCGUUCCUUCCCGGCAAUCGCCUGCUCGCUGGUGGAGGAGACCGCUGCUAUUGCAUGCAGCGAUCUUCUCCGCAGCAUAGGGAGGAGUGAUUGCUAUGCUGUCGCUCGUCGCCAUGCUGUAUAGUGGUUUGCCGGCGGUAGAUAGUGAUUAGACAGCGCGAUCUGGGGCCGAGAAAUGCUUAUUUUUAAGCAAGCUUAAAAAUCUGAAUUGCGCGAUGAACGAGCAUCGGGCAUUCGGCGGCAGUAUUGCACUGCAAGAUGAUCACUAACGAGUGUUCGUAUGAAAAGUGGGUACAGCUACACGGUCACACUGGUCGCGGCCAGGAUGGCAGGGGCAUUGCAGUGUAGCGUUGAUCCCAUAGUAAUGAAUGGGAUGGCAGCAGGAGUCUUGUGUGCCGACACCUGAAUCGCAAAGAAUCCAGCUGAGUUUUAUUUUAUUAUAUUUUUUUUGCAAUUCAUAGGUUGCAGUCGAGGCACACGUGUGACUCCAUUCAUUUCUAUGGGAUUACCGCUACACUGCGAUCCUGGCUGGGACCAAUGCCACGGUGUAGCCAAUCCGUAAACCUGCUAGAAGAAUAUUGAAAAUGCAAAUGUCAGCGAGCCUGAAGAUCAAUUUUCAUUCCGCUAAUACACGAAGGGUGCCUGUAUCCAUUAGACGACUAAUACCUUCUGGUGACAUCUGUUUUGGUGGGACCGGCUAACCAUCUAAUGGUCCUAUUUUGUGUCUGCUGUAAUACAGUUGUGUAAGUCGCCCAUAGGCUCCUGGUGUAACAAACAACAUAGAUGAAUAAAAAGCCAUGCCACACGUACCACCUCAAGGUAUGCCAAAAAGGCAUGUCUUGGGUCACUGGAGCCAAUAGAUGGGUUUUCAAGAGGAUCCGUCUCCUCUCCUGACAUGUCUGUUUUGGUAACGACUUGCAUUCCCCAUGUAAUAACUAUUCUGGAGCAUCUAUUGUUAUGGCUCGAAGUUGUGCCAUUCCUUUAUUAAUCCCACUAGCAGUUAUAAAUGCAUUGCCAGCAGUGUGCCAUAAAUGUCCAGAUGGGUGUUACCAGCCGGGGUGUGUCCCUGAGCAGUCUGACACUGGCAGAAAUGAUUGAAUAAUGUCAGACGGUGCAGGGACACACUCCCAACUAGUAACACCCAGCUGGACCUUCAUUGUAAGCAAAUACUAAUAAAUAAUUUUAGUGAUGGUGGCUCUACCAACCUUAACCCAUGGUAUACAUUCUAACAAAUACUAAUUCAUGCAUAACUUUUAGCAGGAGUAAUACAGGAAUGGCACAACAUAAUAGAUAUUACAUGGGGAAUGCAAAUAGUUACAAAAACAGACAUGUCGGGAGAGGGGACGGCUCCUCUUUAAGAUUACCGGAAAAAUCCACCAUUGGUUCGGGCUCUCCAGUAUACUCCUGCCAGAUUCACACGCCAUGGGGGGGAUAUUUCAAGUCCGUUUUGCAGUAGUCUGCAUUGGAGCACUUUGCGCCACAUUUAAUCAAAUGUCACACAUUAAACUGAUGUAAAGUAGACCUGGCUUAGUCGCCCAUAGCAACCAAUCAGAUUCCACAAAAGGAGCUGUGAAAAAUGAAAGGUGGCAUCUGAUUGGUUGCUAUGGGCGACUAAGCCAGGUCUACUUUACACCAGUUUGAUAAAUCCCCCCCAGUGUUUGUUACAUUUGGUGCAUCUCUAACCCUACUCCAGUAUUCCUGUGCCAUCCUUUUUUGGGGUGAGUUUGCAACUUUCUAAAAUGUCUCAGUGAUGAAUCUGGAGUGAGCUCAUUAGCAUAAAUAGCCACGCCCACUUUACCACCCACUUUUCAGAACUGGAGUGAGUGGUGU